AUGGACGAAAAGGAGUUCCGAGGCAUGCUCGACCUCUUCCCCGUCGUCCGCUCCCGGGACUACUGCGCCGAUUCUGGAUCAUCCAACAGAGGAACUAGACAGCGAUCACGAGUUCAGGAGGCAACAAAGGGCAAUAACAAGGACUCAUCCGAUGCACAAGAUAUGUUUUUGCAGAAGUUGAAGAUGGCUGCGGAGAAAAAAAUUGGAGCGACAAAGGCAGAGUUCUUCUGCAAGGCAUUUGAAGAAGCUCAUGAGAAACUUGUUUACAAAGAGCUGAAUUUGGAUGCUGCUAAGAAGUUUCUGAGCGCAUAUGAGAGCUGA